CAUUGAGCUUUGUGAUCGAAACUCCUAGAAUUUCCAAUGCGCUCUGUUUUCUCUUGAACCUUCCAUAAUCUUCCUACCACCCUAAUAAAAGCCAAACAUUCUCUAUUCUCAAUCCAUUCACACAAAAGAACAAUCAAAAAUCAAAACGUGCGACAAACACAAAAUCAUCCCACAAAGAAAGCAAUGGAUUUCAGGCUAAUGGAUUUGGAUUCUCCACUCUUCAACACUCUCCAUCAUAUAAUGGACCUCACCGACGACACAACCGAGAAGAACUUAAACGCUCCAACUCGAACAUAUGUCCGUGACGCAAAGGCAAUGGCUGCAACUCCAGCGGACGUGAAAGAGCAUCCAAAUUCAUACGUGUUUAUGGUGGACAUGCCUGGGGUGAAAUCUGGUGACAUAAAGGUUCAGGUGGAAGAUGAGAAUGUGCUAUUGAUAAGUGGCGAGAGGAAGAGAGAAGAAGAGAAAGAAGGUGUUAAAUAUUUGAAGAUGGAAAGAAGGAUUGGUAAGUUGAUGAGGAAAUUUGUGUUACCUGAGAAUGCGAAUAUUGAAGCUAUCUCUGCUAUUUCUCAAGAUGGUGUUCUUACGGUUACAGUUAAUAAAUUGCCUCCACCUGAACCUAAGAAACCAAAAACUAUUCAAGUUAAGGUUGCUUGAUCGGUGUACGAUUUCAUGUUAACAAAUCAGAAGGAAUGUUUGUCUUUUUAGUUGGUUUGUGUAGCAAUGGUUUUGUGUGUUUUCGCCUAGUUGGCCCUAUAUGAUGAUGAUCAUCAUGCGAUGUAAUUUGUAACAAUAUGACAUGAAUGAAUUUUAAUUACUUUGGUUUUUCUGCUUGUAA